AUAUACAUGAUCCACUACUUGGUGAUGGUAUCAGUGUAGUCAGUGUAGUUCACAAUAGUCAAACGUGUCAAUCGUGUAUACAUAUAUUUCGAAUUCUCAAAAACCCGUGUAUGCAGUUUCUUAACUUUAAUAAAAAAACGUAUAAUUUCGCAAAAAAGUUUUUAUUAUCAAUGUGUAAAUUGUGUUUAUAUGUGUGUGUGUGAAUUUUCAUUGAAAAAUGCCGUUUUAUAAAGAAAGACUCCUGUCGUCAGGACAAUUAAAACGGCUUAGUGAACACAAAUACAGUUAUACAAGUGCAAGUAUUCUUGAUGCAUUUCUUCAACCCUGGUGGGAAUGGCUUGUCAGAAGAGUACCAAUUUGGCUUGCACCUAAUCUUAUCACAACUAUUGGCCUUAUGGUCAAUAUUUUCACGACCCUUGUUUUAGUUUAUUACAGUCCCGAUGCGAAGAUCGAGGCACCAAGAUGGGCAUGUUUUUUGUGUGCAGUCGGACUUUUUGUUUAUCAAAGCUUAGAUUCCAUCGAUGGAAAACAAGCUCGACGAACAGGAACAUCUUCACCAUUAGGUGAACUUUUUGAUCAUGGAUGUGAUUCUAUUUCUACAGUUUUCGUGGCAGUUUCGGCCUGUAUAGCAGUUCAAUUGGGUUUUCAUCCAACCUGGAUGUUUUUCCAAUGUUUUUGCGCAAUGACACUAUUUUAUUGUGCCCAUUGGCAGGCGUAUGUUUCAGGUUCUCUGAAAUUUGGAAAAAUUGACGUCACAGAAGCACAAUUCACGAUAAUUGCCAUUCAUCUUAUUUCGACAAUAUUUGGACCGGAAAUAUGGAUGAUGGAGAUACCAUUUAUAGAAGGUUUUCAGUUUAAAUAUUUGAUAGGAGUGAUGACAAUAAUGGGUGCAUUGGCAAACUUAUACACAAUGUUUUCGGUGAUUUUCACCGGAGGAAUAGGCAAGAACGGUUCGACUGUUGCCAUCCCAAUUCCUGGCCUGAAUGUUACAUUGAAUCAAGGCGUAAUGGUCCUUUUUACCGCCGGCUUUCUUCAACUUUUCGUUCAGUUCUGUAAAGUCUUUGAAUCCGGCGGGAUAGGAAAAAAUGGAUCCACCAUUGCUUUGCCAUACACUGGCACUGAAGUGAAGGUCUUUCCAUUAUGGGGCGCAGUGGGUGUCGCUGUUUUACUCGCACUGAACAGUUUGUCCGUCAUUCUUGCCGGUGGUGUCGGAAAAAAUGGCUCCACCGUCGCAGGAACAUCUGUUUUGUCACCAAUUAUUCCAUUGGCUUUUGUCGUUGUACCGGCUUUCAUAAUAUACAGAAAAAGUGCUGAGCACGUUUAUGAAAAUCAUCCGGUACUUUAUAUACUUGCGUUUGGAAUGGUCGCUGCUAAAGUUACGAAUCGUCUCGUUGUUGCACACAUGACCAAAAGUGAGAUGAAAUAUUUUGAUAGUUCAUUAAUUGGACCAGCGAUGUUGUUUUUCAAUCAGUACUUUAAUUUCUUUAUAAAGGAGUACUUUGUUUUGUGGCUGUGUUUUAUAUGGGUGACACUUGACUUGAUGCGAUAUUGUUCGCAAGUUUGCAUUGAAAUUUGCGAACAUUUGAAUAUUCAAUUAUUUAGGAUACCAGUGAUGGAUCAUCGCACAAGUUCACAACAACUAGCGGAAAAAAACGUUAAAAUGGUUGCGGACAAGGAAAAAAUUCUCUUAAAUGAGGACAAUAGCUGUGAUACUUCUCUCGAUCUUUGAUAUUCGGAGUUUCGCAUAAUUAUAGAUGACAAUAAGGAUUCAAAAAACACUUCAGAGUAAAAUGAAGAUUUAAAUAUAACAGAAGCACAUUAAUUAUUUAUAAUUCAUAAUAAU